AUGGCCAUGCUCCAAAGUGACUUUGAUGUUGCCAGACAGGACGCCGCUCGGACAGAGCAGCAGCUGCGGUCUGAGGCGAAACGGACGGAGGCCCGUCUGAGGGAGGACGCACAGAGCUUGGAGCGCCGCCUGCAGGAACGCGUUGAUGAGCUGCACGCAGAGCUGGCACAGUCCAAGCAGACCGCAGGUGACCUGCAAUCCGUGAUUGUGGACGUGGAGAAGCAAAACGCCGCGCUCGAGACCGAGGCACACCGCCUGACUGCUGCGGCAGAGUUUGCGGAGGGCGAGGCGGCUGGGCUCCAGCUGGCGAGUCAGCAGCAAGCCGAGGCCCUCAGCGCGGCCCGGGAGCAGCUUGCCGCGCUGGCCUCUGAAGCAGAACUCACGGGCAUGUCACUGCAGGAGGCGCGGCAGCAGCUGGCCCGAGCGCAGGGCGAGGCAGACACGGGGCGGGGGCAGCUGCGGCAGCUGGUAGCAGAGCAGGCCUCGGCACGCCGGGAGCGACAACGGCUGGAGAGCGAGAUGGCUCGGCUGCAAAAAGAGGGGGUGGCGACGGCAGAUGCGCUUUCCAAGGCCUUGGCCGACGCGGAGCGCCUGCGCGAGUUGACCGACAUCUUUAAGCGUUGUGAGGCGGACAGGAUGCGGGAGUCGGAGCAGCGGCUGGCGGCGCAGCAACACCAGCAUAACCAGCAAAUGGGCGUCCUGCAGCAGCAAAUUGUGGGGCUGGAAGGCCAGCUGGCAGUUGCGGCGCAGCGCUGCAGCGACCAGGACGUUGAGCUGGCAACUGUACACAAGCAGGCAGGACUGCUGGCAGUGCGACUCAGGGACGCCAACCGCACAACAGCCACAGCCGAGAAGGCGCGGACUGCGGCACAGGCAGCGGCUCGGGACUAUGCAGCGCACGCACAGGUGGCGACCGAGUGA